CUAUAAGUACAGGCUCAGGGCAGGCAGCAGCCCAUCAGAAAACUACAUCAACGAAAUGCUCAGCCCUGGAGUGGGAACAAAAUGCUGGAUGGACACCACUUUCUGGGAUGGCUGUCAUUGGUAUUUAUAGUCCUCAACUCCAUUGGCUCCACAGCUGCUUACUUUGGAAUUCGAGCCCCUAUGCCCCCGCGUGCCCAUACAGGAUUGCCUGCGGAGGGGCAGAAUACUGGCCAGAGACUACACCCCUUCGGGUCUUUUGAAGAAGCAUCAAGCCACGGAACGUACGUCCGAACGCUGACAGGAAAUGAGCCAUUGACCAUCCUCCCUCUGACCUCAGAAACGGAGGAAGCUGCUGUCCAAAUCUGUGACCGGCUGAAGCUUGAACGAAAGCAACGCAAGAUGUGCCGACGUGACCCUGGCGUAGCAGAGACCCUCAUAGAGGCUAUUAGCAUGAGCGCGCAAGAGUGCGAGUACCAGUUUCAUUUUGAACGUUGGAACUGCACUCUGGAGGGGAAAUACAGAGCCAGUUUACUUAAAAAAGGUUGUAAGGAAACAGCGUUCCUUUAUGCCAUCUCCUCUGCGGGUCUCACCCAUGCCAUGGCUAAAGCAUGCAGCGCUGGGCGCAUGGAACGCUGCACGUGUGACGAGGCGCCUGACUUGGAGAAUAAGGAAGCCUGGCAAUGGGGCGGGUGUGGGGAUAACUUGAAAUACAGCAACAAGUUUGUCAAAGAGUUUCUGGGGAAGAAGAACAGCAAAGAUCUUCGAGCACGAGUGGAUUUACAUAACACUAAUGUGGGAAUCAAGGUAAUAAAAGCUGGUGUUAAGACCACUUGCAAAUGUCAUGGCGUAUCGGGAUCUUGCACAGUACGCACGUGUUGGAGACAACUUUCGCCAUUUCAUGAAAUUGGAAAACAACUAAAGCUAAAGUAUGAAACUUCAUUAAAAGUAGGAAGUACCACCAAUGAGGCCAAUGAAGCAACAGGAGAUGGAGAAAUUGCUCCACCAAAAAAGCCCAUUGCGGGCCACAGUGACCAAAUUCCAAGGACUACAGACUUAAUUUAUAUGGAAGACUCUCCAAACUUUUGUAAAAUGAGCAAGUUUUCUCCUGGGACCUUUGGGAGGAGGUGUUACAAAGAAAAAAACUGUGAAAGCCUUUGCUGUGGCCGAGGACAUAAUACUCAGAGCAAAGUGGUAACCAGACCGUGCCAGUGCCAAGUCCGCUGGUGCUGCUAUGUGGAGUGCAAACAAUGCACACAAAGAGAAGAGAUUUACACCUGUAAAGAUUAGCCAAUGUAUGUAGACUAUGUUGCAAUAUGAGUCCAUAAACAGCAGAUGGAGACAAACAGGGUUUGAUUGACAUUAUGGAUCUAAAACUAUAUUCAGACACACGCACUUCGCAGGGUACCGAAGACCCGAACGUGUUGCUGUUUUGGUUUUGUAGGCUGAGCUGGAAUCUAUCCUUAAUAUUAUUAAGUGCCUAUGUAGAUAGUGGACAUUCUUUCUUAAUGUUACUUUUGUAUUGGUCCUUUCAAUUCUCACCAGCUUCUUCAAACAUUUAGGUUCUGUAAUGACGACAAAGUUUAACAUCUAAAUUACACCUGGAUUUUUGACUGGAGACAUAAACUUAUUUUUUUUUUUUGGUAGCAUAUAACUGGAGAGAAAAGAGAACAGUUAUUUCUCUGUGUGGACAUUUCAUCCAGUUAGGCCUUUGGGUGUUUGCAAGAAAAACAAAUAUAUUUAUCAGUUUGUUUGUUUUUUACUUUCGUUCUUUCUUUCUUUCGUUUCUUUUUUUUUGUGCAAAACUCUUGUUUAGUAUGCAUUUAGAAGAAAAAACAAACAAACAUACAAAACCGAAUUACAACUUUGGUCUUGUAUUACGCUAGGAGAAUAUACUUUAUUAAUUAAACAUUGAACUGCAGAUCUUAUCACUUUAUAGACGAGUAAAGAUCAAAAGUCUUUAGAUUUCAGAAUCUGCAAAUUCAAAUACCUUUUUAUAGCACUAUCACUGUCUCAAAAACCACUAGAAUUUUUUUAUUUUUCAUUGUAUAAAUAUAUAAAUAUAUAGACGUAUAUAUUUUGCUUUUCCCUUGAUUAAAACUAUGCCCACAAGGGUUACUUAAACAAACUCUCUAUUAUAGAGUCCUAUUGUGAUGACCCUGAUUUAUAUUCCAAAUAUUUGCUUGUUAGCGUUCAUCGGAAAAAAACAAAAA